UGCACGUAUGCUAAAGCUAAGCUGUAGCUAUUUAAUUUGCUUAUUUGCAUUGCAUCCUUGGCAAGUUGCAGUUUACUUGCAAUCCAACAGUUAGGUUAAAUUGUUAAGUUCGUGUCUGUGUAGUAGUCAUGACUUCUUACAGCUCAAAAUCCUAGAUUACUGUAAUAAUUUGUAACGUUUGGAAAUCUAGGCUUUGGCCUAGUUCAAUUAAAAUGUUUUGGACAUUGGUGUUUAUGGUAUCAUGUAUAAAAUUGCUUCUCAUACCUGCAUACCGAUCAACAGAUUUUGAAGUCCACCGUAACUGGCUGGCAAUCACCCACAGUUUGCCGUUGCGCCAGUGGUAUAAUGAAGCUACAUCGGAAUGGACCCUGGACUAUCCCCCUCUUUUCGCUUGGUUUGAAUUCAUCCUUUCUCAAAUUGCGGUUUUCUUUGAUCCCAAAAUGCUGCAAGUCAAAAAUUUAAACUAUGCAUCAUAUGAGACUGUAGUUUUUCAAAGACUAACAGUUAUCGUGACUGAUUUAGUGUUCGCCUAUGGAAUUAAAGAAUGUUGCCAGUAUCUCAGUGGUAGUGGAGUACGCAAGAGCAGUCGCUGGGGUUUACGCUGGGGCUCGCCAGCAGCUAUCUUGCAGCUUCUGUUGCUUGGAAAUGCUGGCCUCAUCAUCGUAGACCACAUCCAUUUCCAAUACAAUGGCUUCCUUUUUGGUGUGUUGCUUCUGUCUGUCGCCAGAAUUCUACAGGGCAGAUUUCUGGAGGGAGCUUUCUGGUUCGCAGUGUUGCUAAAUUUGAAGCACAUUUUCAUGUAUGUUGCUCCAGCCUAUGGGGUGUAUUUGCUGCGUAACUACUGCUUCGUCUCUACGCCACAGACUCACUCAGGCAGUGGUGAACCUGUCAGAUGGAGGUCCUUCUCUCCUUCACGCUUUGCCAAGCUUGCUGCCAUCGUAGCAAUUGUUUUUCUCAUCUCUUUCGGCCCAUUUAUUGCCAUGGGACAGCUUGGCCAGGUUUUGUCUCGUUUGUUCCCAUUCAAAAGAGGUCUCAGCCAUGCCUAUUGGGCACCGAACUUGUGGGCUCUCUACAAUAUGGCUGACAAAUUGCUUACUGUUGUAGCAAAAUGUUUGGGGAUAAAGGUUGCCAACCAGAGAGCAAGUAUGACUGGAGGUUUGGUCCAGGAGUUCCACCACACAAUUCUGCCAACUGUGCCACCCUUGGCCACGUUCAUCCUUACUUUCAUCUCAAUAACACCUAGCCUGGUGAAGCUGUGGAAGUGCCCAGGCAACCCACUCCACUUUGUCAGGUGUUUGGUGCUCUGCGCUCUCUCAGCCUUUAUGUUUGGGUGGCACGUACACGAGAAGGCCAUUCUCAUUGUCAUUGUACCUCUAACAUUGCUGGCUGUGGUGUGGCGUAAGGAGGCUCAAGUCUACCUUCUGUUGUCCACUGUGGGCCACUUCUCUCUAUUCCCUCUACUCUUUACUCCGUCGGAGAACUACAUCAAGGUGGUUUUGUUCCUGCUGCACUCUGUGUACGCAUUCCAGAAACUCUCCUCACUGUUCGACAUCACCGAGGGUCGACAUCUGCCACUGCUCUCGGUCGCCGAGUCUCUCUACGUGUUUAGUCUUGCAGCUCUGUUUGUCACAGAGUACGCUGUGUUUCCUCUGAUAGGUCUGACAGCCAAGUAUCCGUUCCUUCCGCUCAUGUUGACCUCAGUACACUGCGCUAUGGGCGUUCUGUACUGUUGGCUUAGGUACUACUGGCAUUUCAUGACGAUGGACAAAACUAACCGCAAGCGAAAAGCUUAUUAAUUGAUACAAUUUUAGUUAAAUUUGUGAAUUUAGUUAUGCUUUCUGCACAACGUGUUAAAAGACUUUUUGUUUAACAUGCUAGUCUCGGUUGUGUGAAUUGCACAUAAGUAAGUCAUCUACCAAGUGACAUCUAGACAUAUUGAAAUUUAAUGUAAUGUUAUAUAUUUUUUGUCAAGUCUAUUUACAGAAAUAUUUAAAGAAUA